AUGAAGAUUCUUUCAAUAUUGGCAUUAUCGUUGAUAGAAGAUAUUAAUGCUGGACGAAAGAAAAAGCUCGAAAGAAGAAAAGCUCUUGCAAAAGAGAAGAUAAAAUGUAAGUGGUUCAUCACAACUCCGCCGGGGACGAAAAUAAAACUGACGCUCCUCAACCUCGACAUCGAAGAAGAAAGAUCAGACGAUGGCCCAAAAUGCUCAAAUGUCGAUAUAACUCUUCCAAACUGCGAUCCGCCGCUAGAGACUGAAAGUUGCGAGUGGGACUAUCUCCAGAUUUUCGCCAAAGAAAAGGAGGAGGCGAAAAUCUGCGCUUUGGUCGACCGAAAUCGUAAAUUUUUCAGAGCAGAUUCAAAGUUUUUAGAAUAUGACUACGAAGACGAAGGAGCUAUUCCGUAUGAUUUUCUUUAUGGAAAAGAGCUGGAAACGAACAAUGUUGAGAUUCGAUUCGUGAGCGAUGAGAAAGUAGAGUUUUAUGGCUUUCGGCUCAAGUGGGAAAUUUGGGAACACAGGGGUUGUGAAGGGAUUAAUGGAUGUGAUGAGAAUGCGGACUGUAGGGAUGUGAAUGACCAAGGAGAGUAUGAGUGUAGCUGUAAAGAGGGGUUCGAAGGAGAUGGGUUCUUUUGUAGAAGUGUUGAAAUCAAGGAAGAGGAUCUGAAUCAAGAUCGUGGACCGGCAGAUUAUCAAGCGCGAUUUGUUCUUGGCGGAUUUGAUGAUGAUUAUUCAGCAAAAUUCAUCUCCGAAGACUAUUCUGCUCGAUAUGUUCCUCCUCAAGUUGACAUGGACUCAUCUGAUAGUCCUGAUGAUGCGGAAACUAACUAUGAUGAUUACGACUAUGCUCCAAAAGCUCGACCUCCAGUCAAAAACGAUGAUGUCGACUAUUCAGCCCGAGAGUCAGAAGUCAUGAUGAGCGAGCUCAAUUCUCUCCAAGAAGAACAGAGCAGUCCAGCUGGUCCCGGGGGACCAGGAGGCCCAGGUGGAUUUUCAAGGCCGAUGGUGGAUAUCAGCCCGAGCAAUUUAAACCUCGUUACACAAGGGAUGAUGACAAUAAGUCCCCCUAGUGUCGAAACUAUGCCUAAUUUGAUAAUUCCCAAAAAUGAAACACAGGUAGAAAAGGGCUUCUUUCCAGGAAUAAAGACCCUAAAUGAAGACCCAGUCAAUUAUUACAUCAAUCUGCAAAUCGCUUUUGAGCAAGCUACCGAGAGAAUUCUCGGUGGCCGCGUUUCUCAGUGGAGAAAUCGACCUUUUUUGGUCAAGAAAAUGAUCGUCAGGAUCAAAAGCACGAUCAAAAAGACCUUCUUUUACGUCAAAGGGCCUUGUGAUGUGUCCUUAGAGGACCAAACUUCUGGCGAAUUCUUCGCUCAAACGGAGCAGAAAGUUCAAACCGUGGAGAAACUCGGAGAGCUGAGGGGCCUUUUCGCGGAGUUUGCUGCUGAACGCUUCAGAAAAGCAAGAUGCAGGGGAAGAUCAAAGAAAAUCCUCGGCCGAAUAAACAGGCUCCUCAGCUGGGCCGGGAAAAUGUCCUCGAGAUAA